CAUAACGUAGAUCUAUAAGUCAACCAAUAUUAUUACUGAUGAUGGGACUCUCGACUCUCGAGUUGAGAAAGCCCUCGAAGGUCGACACUUGUCGGGAGUAGACUAGCAGGGCGAUGAGAAAAUCGAUAAUCAACCCAACCCAACUUUGUCGACCAAACAAGCAGGAUCCGGUGUCCAAUUCGUCAAUUCGUUUCAUACCCUUGGGCAAGGUCCUCAUUUCAAAAUGUCUGCACACAGAGGGCGAACCGCCGAUAGCUCCCAAAUGAAGGGCAUUUUUGGCUUCGAUGAUGCGGCAUCAAGCGCUCGAGCUCAACCGGUGAUUGAAGAGAAGGUUCAAGAUAUCCUGGCUGCCACACCUUUCACCGACUUGAGCAAUGUGUCGGCGAUUCUGGUCCAGGACGUCACUAUUGUGAAUGCCGAUGGGGAAACCGAAGGUGAUAUCCUCGUGGAAGAGGGUCAAAUCAAACAGGUUGGAUCGGACAUCGAAGCUCCGGAAGGCGUUCAUAUCAUUGAAGCCAAAGGAUGUCUUGCCUUUCCCGGAGGAUUCCAUUGGCAAUCAAAUGGUAACAUGAACGUUGAGAUUGUUGGACCACCCACUCAGGCGGGCUGCACUACCGUGGAAUACUCGUUGAUCGUUCAGAGGGCGGAUGAAAUGACUCAAGCCGUUCAGCAAUGGAAGAAUGACAUGAACGAUCAAGGAUUCGGGCAUGAUUGCACUUUGCGAGUGAUCCUCGCCACUUGGUCGGAUGCAAUGAAAGAGCCCAUGACCAAUGCGGCGAAGCAGGAAGGUAUCAAUUGUUUCGUCUUGGAUAUGAAUGGAUUGACGUGCUCCGAAGCGGACACUCACCUGCUAACCUUCUUGGAAACGUGCAAAGAGCUCGGAGUGGUGGCUAGUGUCAAACCGGGAAAUACAGCUCUUAAUCAGAACCCACUAGACGUCAAUCACACCGAGGUUCAAGCCCGAUGCUAUCAGGAAAGCGCUGAAGCCGAGGCUACUUUUAGGGCCCUAAAAUUUGCGGAAUCUGUCAACGUUCCGCUUAUUCUUCAGCUCUCGAGCUUUUCUUCCACUUAGGGGAUUUUGAACCACUUAUCGCCCGAGAAUCGACGAUUAAUUUUGGCCCAGGUUGUCAUGAGUGGCGAUUGCGUGGAAGAUUUGGAGCUCAUAAGCAAGUUUUCCGACAUCUGUUCCGUCGCUGUCCAAGAGAACAAGAAACCUAUCGGGGACGGGACAACGGUUGGAAAUUUUGUCGGACUCUGGCGCCUCUUUGACAACGGUCAAAGCAUUUCCAGUCCCAAAUUGGCGGCUUUGACGAGCACAAAUAUGGCCAAAUUGAAGAAUCUCUACCCACAAAAGGGUGCCAUUCAACCUGGAUCGGAUGCGGACUUCCUUCUCAUCGAUCCUUCUUCCACAGAUUUGCUGGUUCAUGUCGUUUCAAAAGGAAAAUUGUCCGUUCACGAGAGCCAAGCUUUACCGCCUUCCUUCAUUGGAUCUAUCUUGGACACUCCCACGUAUCCGCCGAGAUAUUACGAUGUCGUUCAAGAUCUGGAAAAGACUCGAGAAAUUGAACGAGUGGGAGUAACUCGUGUGGAUGAAAUGGACGCUGUCAAAGCCUCCAACCCUCCAUCUAUCAUGGGCACUCCCGAGCGAGUGGUUCAACACCCACGUAGACCCAUGUCACACAACGUGGCAUCAGUGCGAGAGGGCAGAUAUUCGAGACCCUUGAGCGCCCAUGGGAUCCGCAAUCAGCAAGAUUCGACCUUCUCUCUCUCAUAAUAACUCGAUCGGAUGGUCAAGAUCAACAUGAUUGUCGCCCUGGCAAACCGAUCUUGUUCGGAAACAUGACUCCGCAAUCGAACCAUAACCAUUCCAGCAGCUUUAAAUUGAACAAAACAGUAUUGCAUGAUUGGCAACACCAAAAAUUGACGAAUAUCGCUCGUUUUUUGUUACACGCUUCACGCCCAGUCAUCAAGGCUACAUACAAGUAUUUGACCCUC